GCUGGGCGCGGUGGGGCCGGAAGCGGCCCGUGACCCGGGCGGAAGCGCUCGGAGGCAGCUGGGCCGACAGCGCGGCCCUGCGAGCGGGGCGGAGGGAGCGGCACGCUCGGACGCUCCUAUUGCAAAAUCUGAGGUUGAAAAGAAACCUUUUUUUUUUUAAUAAGAAGAGAAUGGAUGGAGAAGAGAAAACAUACGGUGGGUGUGAGGGCCCAGAUGCUAUGUAUGUGAAGUUAAUAUCCUCUGAUGGCCAUGAGUUCAUUGUAAAAAGAGAGCAUGCAUUAACAUCAGGAACAAUAAAAGCUAUGUUGAGUGGACCAGGUCAGUUUGCAGAAAAUGAAACAAAUGAGGUCAAUUUUAGAGAGAUCCCAUCCCAUGUCCUAUCCAAAGUAUGCAUGUAUUUCACCUACAAGGUCCGCUAUACUAACAGCUCUACGGAGAUUCCUGAAUUCCCAAUUGCACCUGAAAUUGCACUGGAACUUCUGAUGGCUGCAAACUUCUUAGAUUGUUAAAUAAAAUAAAUUAUAAUAAAAAAUGUAAAACUUUUUUCAGUAUUUAAUACAUGUAGUUCAGUUAGAAACUUUUUUCAGAUAGCAUGUUGCGUGUGUGCUGUUGAGAACUGUAAAGUUCACUGCAGAGGCUAUUGCCUUCAGUUCUUUUGCAUAUAGCAAUCAUUCAGUUGGAGUUUGUUUUGCUGCUUACACAAAUAAGAACAUUUUCACAAACUGAGACAAAUAAACAAAUAUGCCAAUUA